AUGACUGAGUUUGACGAUUGCAGCCACAGUGCAUCCAAUAUGUAUCUACCAGGGUGCGCUUAUUACGUUUCACCUUCAGAUUUCUCGACGAAGCCCUCUUUUUUGUCUCAAUCGUCUUCCUGUCAAAUGACUUUUCCUUAUUCUUCUAAUUUACCUCAUGUCCAACCUGUGCGAGAAGUGGCAUUCAGGGAAUACGGAUUAGAGCGCAGCAAAUGGCAGUAUAGGGGCAGUUAUGCUCCUUAUUACUCAGCUGAGGAGGUUAUGCAUCGAGACUUUCUGCAGCCUGCUAACAGGAGGACGGAAAUGUUAUUCAAAACGGAUCCUGUGUGCAGCCACCAUGGACCCUCCGCCGCUGCCUCCAACUUCUACAACACGGUGGGAAGGAACGGCAUUCUCCCGCAAGGAUUUGACCAGUUUUAUGAGACAGCCCAUGGACCUCCAUACCAGCAGCAAGCAGAGAACGAGGGGGAAGCGGCCAAGAGCGACUUGAAACCUCAGAAUAGCACUUGUAGUAAAACACCUUCCAGCCAAGAGAAGAAAGUGACAACAGAAAACAGCGCCGGUUCCCCUUCUGGUGAGGCUGUUGCAGAGAAGAGCAACAGUUCAGUAGUUCCCCAGCGAUCAAGGAAAAAGAGAUGUCCCUACACCAAAUAUCAAAUAAGAGAACUGGAACGUGAGUUUUUCUUCAACGUGUACAUAAACAAAGAAAAAAGACUGCAGUUGUCCAGAAUGCUGAACCUCACUGAUCGACAAGUUAAAAUCUGGUUCCAGAAUCGAAGGAUGAAAGAAAAGAAACUGAACAGAGAUCGACUCCAAUAUUUCACUGGGAAUCCCUUGUUUUGA